UUUUUUUUUGCAAAAUUUCCUUCAUUUAGGAAUGCUCCAUUGAGGCUACCAACAGUUCAAGGUGUGGAGGUGAACCUUUACAGACUUUACGACACAGUUAUGGCAUUAGGAGGCUGGCAAAAGGUAGCUUUACAAGAGAAGUGGCCUGACGUUGCGGAAAUGCUCGGUGUUGGGGAAGAUGUGGUUGGAGGUGACCAUGCAAUCAAACUACUUUAUAUGAGGUACCUCUCCAAGUAUGAACAGAUUGAAACGAUCGGUGAUAUUGAUGAUAUGCUGGAUGGCGAAAUGUCUCGCUCUCGAGGCAGACAAUUCUCUUUUUUUGCUACAAAUGACUGCCCAAUUGGAAUGGGGCGGACCCAUGGUGAGUGGUUAACUAAGUAUCUAAACCAGCCAGUUCCUCAAUACAUUCGUCGAGACGACCGUGGAAAUCCUUCAACUGAGCCUGAUUACACUAGGCUGUCAAAAUCACUUCUUUGCGGCUUGCCUAAUGAAGUUGAUUUUGCGAUGAAUGUUUGUACAUUAUUGUCCCAUCCUGGUCCACGGUUACUCAGACUCAGUCAUGCCCCUAAUAUAAUAACGCUUCUUGUCGCACACUGCGGCAUCUUCGACGACGAGGAUGAGGAUUUAUCCGAUCUUGCCAAAAUUUGGUACGAUAAUGGUGGACGCGAUUUUACAUCGUUUUGGGCUUCAGCCGGAAUUCCAGAUGAAAUGCUUGAGAAGUUUGCCCCACAAGCAGCUGGAAAAAUGAUGGUUAGUCCUCAUGUUUCUCUCCCUUUUUCAACGCUGGCAUUAUCCGAAGUAAUAUUAAUAUGUAAAUUCAUUGUUUUGCUUCUUUGCAUCUGCGUACCAUUUUUGAAUUGGAUUUUCUAAAA